GUUUGAAGGGAAGGUGGAAGAAACAGAAAUGUUGGGAGUCAUUUUUUUGUGAAAGUUGAAUUUUAAACCAGUUUUGAGAGUUUGCAAACAGGAUGAAGUCCGAUUUGGAGGUGUCUGUCAAAGAGAGCAUUGAGAUGGAGCUGUUUUCUUCUGAGGAGUCGUGCGUGCUGAUCCAAACGCAGGGACUACACCAGAGACUCGUGGAGCACCCGCUGGUCCAGGGAGAAAAAGAGCCCAGACGGAGGAGCCUCUCACUGGACAGGAGGCUGAGCAGAGAGGCCCUCACUGGAGCAGAGAACCAGGAGAACCAGGAGAGGACAGGAGUGGAGAACGACAUGCUCAUAGAGAUGGAGGUUCUCCAUUCUCUUAAGGUGUCCAAAUAUAAGUCUUCUUGUGAGCACAGAGCGGGGCGUCUGAAGUGGAAGAAGCUGCCUCUGCAGAAUAGUCGUUUUGUGGUCAAAGAUCUGGUGUUUCUGCCCAGAGACCAGUACCUGGCCCAGAUCGAGAGCCAUGUUUUCUCCCAGAGACGAGAGGUGUCUCCGGUCACUGCUCGUAUGACGGUGGACCAGGGCUGGUCGGCUGCAGAGAUGGACGCCAGACUAAGACUCGUGCUGCAGAGACAGUUUGGGAAAGCAGCGGCGAAAAGCAUGGACUUCACAUAUCUACAGUGUGUGCAGAGCUCCAGAUGUCUGUUCGUCCCCGUGGCCCCCGAUGAGGGCUGGAGCGGGGCCCGUGUGCUCCAGGUCUCUACUCUGGGGCCUCUGUAUCUGCUCAUUCACCAAAACACCUCCCCCUCACAGGUUAAGAGUGAGACGCCUUUGUAUCGAUCAGAGAACAACAGAAAGGAUGCUGGCCCAGAAGUCAACAAAGAUAAUGAUACUAGCAACAAGAGGUCAGAGGAGCUCAGGGAGGAGUUGCAGAGCGUCCUUACUUCUUUCACACGUGAUGCCGCCGGGGUGGAGCUCCCCCUGCAGGUGAGGAGAGGCGAGGUGCUGCCCUGGGCCCUGAAGGCUGUGAGGAGGUCUGGCUUCUGCUUCAGAGACGUCCCCAUCGUGUCCUUCAGUGGAGAGGAGACAGAGGGCCACCACGGGGUGCAGCGGGAGUUCUUCAGGCUGAUGCUGCAGGAGCUCCAGAAAACGUCGUUGUUUGAAGGCCAACCUGGUCGCCGCCUCUUCACCUCCGACCUCUCGGCGCUGGAGGAGUGGGGCUACUAUGAGGCGGGCGUUCUGAUUGGCUGGUCCCUGGCUCACGGUGGGGCGGGGCCACGUUGUCUGCACCCUGAUCUGUUCAAGUUGAUGUGUGGCCACCGCUCCUCUUUGGACGACUUCAGCUGGAGAGAUGUGGCAGACUUUGAAAUACAGAGUCAUCUCCAGCAGCUACAAACCUGUUCAGAUGUGAGGCUGUUCAGUCCCAGUCUGCGUGAGUGGCUGUCUCAUUGUGGUGUGCCUGAGAUCUCCUCUGCAACCACUGAGGACAUUUCAAACAUCUACAAAAGAGCUGUUAAGCACUACAUCCAUGACAGGGUGUCCAGGAUGAUUGACCAGUUUACCCAGGGCCUGAACAGCUGUGACGGGCUGUGGGAUGUGAUGAGGUCCCACUGGGAGGCCUUCGCUCCAGUGAUGACUUCCGUAGGCUCUAGACCUCUGACGCUGUCAAACUUCAGAGCACUUUUUAGCAUCUGCUUCAGCUCAGACUGUGAGGAGCUGAAAGAGGAAGAGGAGGAGACGGCGGCGCACUGGGAGACAGCUCUGGGUCUGAUCAGUGAUGGUGGAGCUGCUCUGUCCUUUGAAGACCUCCUGACAUUUGUCUCAGGAGUGGACCAGGUACCUCCUCUGGGCUUCUCCAGCUCCAUCACCCUGCGCUUCUACUCACAGGAUUCUGUUUCAUCAGUUGUGCGUCUGCCAUUUGCCUCCCUUUGUACUCUGGAGCUGUUUCUACCAAGACGGACAGGUGGCGCUGUGGAGCUGUUGGGGUUGCUGAACAGAGCUGUACAUGAGUCUGAGGGCUUCACAUAUUUGAGUCCAGAGGAACACUGCUUUAAGGCCAGUGGGCGGAUCAGGAGGACCUCACAGGAUGUGGGAUGUGGAUGACAACUCAAUUUUCGUUGUUGUUCCUUGGGCCUAGACACUUCACCUACCUUGAUACCACUGCUUGUGUUUUACUGCUACUUUAAUAUUUUAUUCAUCUUUAGACACACUUGAAUCACAGAUUUAUUUAUUAUAGAAUUUUAAAACU